AUGUCAAAUCUCCAGAGGCCCAACUCCCUUGACGAUCCUGCUAUCACCACCCAACUUGCGCCUAUGGUGCGGCAAGCUAUAGCCCUGACUUCUUCGGUCGGUCAGCGUUAUCUCUGGGUUGAUACACUUUGCAUCGACCAUUCUCGUAUUGCCGAGAGCACAACACAACUUCAAAAUAUGGGGGCCAUUUAUGCGAAUGCAUCUCUGACCAUCGUUGCCUUAGACCGGGAUGCUGAAGAUGGCUUUCCGGGCCUUAGAGACAUCUCACAGGAAAAAGAUCGAGAUGACGAAGUUCCCAUUCAAUUUGGUAACGAGGAGUUCAUUUUAGAUAAGCUCAGCUACUUUGGUCUCACCUUAUGGAGUAUGUACCACGAGCGCGGUUGGACGUUUCAGGAGUUCAAUAUGUCUCCUAGACGACUCAUUUUCAGCAAAGACUCAUUGCAUUGGAUGUGUCAGUGCAGUGUGUGGGAAGAACAUUUGCACCACGGGGUCGAAGCCGGGAAGUACCUGAAUCCUCGCAUGGGGGAAAUCAUGCGCGGCAUGCCGAAUAUCAGGUCACUCAGCAAUCUGAUCGGCUACUACAACGACAUGAAGUUAUCCUACGAUGAGGAUUGUCUGCCCGGCAUGACUGGAUUACUUACUGUGUUCAGCCGCUGCUUCUCCGGGGGGUUUCUUUGUGGUAUCCCUGAAAUGUUUCUCGAAACCGCACUUAGCUGGCAACCUACCUGGUAUCACACCGACCUCCGACGACGAGUACAUUCCGACCGCUUCGAUACAAGCCAACUACAUCCAUGUCUUCUCCCAUCCUGGUCGUGGAUCGGGUGGGAAGGACUUGUUGAUAUUGGAAGCUUGGAAGCUGGUCCGGCGAAUCCGAGUACUUGGAAUAUCAGGGAGACGAUCCCAAUCACCACAUGGUAUGCUCGCGGCUCUCCAAAGACGGGGCAGAAGCGCAAGAUCAAAGCUACCUGGUACGAGAAUCGGGAGCUUUACAAAGAUUUCGAAAGGCCCCUUCCGCCCGGGUGGACUCGACACGUAAUCCCAAAGGUAACCAAUCCGGGAUACGGGGAUGAACGGGACGGAAAUGUUCUGCUGUAUCCGGAUGGAUGCGAUGAAUCUACCUUCCGGCACCGCAACAUGACUGAGCAUCGCGAGGAACACGACUGGCACUGGCCGUUUCCAGUGCCAGACAUAGACGAAUCUACACAGCCGUAUAUGCCAGAACAGACGCCAUACCUUUGUUGCGACACUCGCCGUGCCUUUGUCUUUGCUUUUCAGGCAGGUGACGACAACGACAUCACAAGAUACAAGUCAGGUCAAUAUAACAAAGUUGAGCUUUACAACAAGAAGCAAGUUGUUGUUGGGAGCCUUCAUUUACACAACAAGCAGCAAUUGGAACAUUUUCCGCCGCCAGAGUCCGAUUGGGCUAUGGCGAAAGAGAUCGAGUUGAUUGCUAUUUGUCGGGCACGCGGGUACAAGCAGACCUUUGAUGAUAGUAUCGGCUGUUACACGGCUCCGUUCACUUCUUGGGAUGUAUACAGCGUACUGUGGGUGGAGUGGAUCGAUGGCGUCGCUCACCGUCUUGCGUGUGGCGAAGUCGACAAGACAGCAUGGGAGGAGUUGGCUUUGGAAGACGUCUCCCUCAUUCUAGGGUGA